AUGACUGGGAUCAGGGAUAUUAUAUUUGUUACUGGUAACUUGAACAAGUUGAAAGAAGUUCAGAUGAUUCUGGCCAAGAAUGAAUCCGACGAUGACAUCAAUUUAAUCAAUAAAGAGUUAGAUCUAGAAGAAAUACAGGAGUUAGAUUUGAAGGAAAUAGCACUGGCAAAGUGUAAGCAAGCUGUCUCGAUGCUGGGGCCAGGUCAUGCAGUGUUUGUGGAGGACACUGCAUUGACUUUCGACGAGCUCAAUGGUCUACCGGGAGCCUUUAUUAAAUGGUUUGUGAAAAGUCUUGGAUUGAACAAGAUAGUCAAGUUAUUGGACCCAUUCGAAAACAAGGGUGCCACAGCUAUCACUACCAUCGCAUAUGCUGACGAAAAUGGUGAGUACCACGUCUUCCAGGGCUUCACAAAGGGCAGGAUUGUCGAGAGUCGUGGUCCAACCAACUUCGGCUGGGAUUCCAUCUUCGAGCCCUUCGAAAGCAACGGUAAGACCUACGCUGAAAUGGAAAAGCUCGAGAAGAACAGCAUCUCGCACAGAGGAAGAGCGUUCGAUGAGUUCAAGCAAUUCCUAUUCAAAUAG